GAUUUUUCAUCGAUCAGUCGAGUUUAUGCAAUGUGAAUGAGUGAAUGUCAUUGCGUUCGCGUGCGUAAAGUAACUUGUAAAUUCUAUAUGUCGGAGCAAAACUAUCAUCGCAUUCAUCUGUUUUAACAAGACACGUGUUGCUUUAAGUUCAUCACGUUUAUGUUCAAAUGUCAUGUUAAAGUUCCGAACUUAAAAUGUUAAAAUGCUAAAGAGAGAGAGAGAAGCUUUUGAGAAUAUUUUAUAGAAUAUAUAUAAAUAUUUCUUUUAAAGUUUGUUUUAACAAUUUAAACAAUUAGUGACGUGUCAAAAUGUUGAGAAAACAUUUUCGAGUGUAAAAAAAUCUAUAAACUACAAGUUUUAAAAAAUGUUUAAACAACCGGCAAAGUUGUGUAAUUAUAUGUCUAGGGAAAAAAUUAUUAUCAUGUGUGAUUUUAUGUGUAUAACAAGUUUUUUACGCGAUAUAUAUUUAUAUAUUGCGUAACAUAUAAAGUUCAUCAAGGAAGAAUCAGAAAGAAUCCAUGAAGAAACUGUCAGUUGCAAUUGAUAUACUAUUUGCAAUUGUGUAUGCAAAAGACAAGACGACUACAAUAAUGAGCUAAUUGUUUAUUAUUUUCAAGUAAAAUUCUUCCAAUGGCACAAAACUUGGAAUAUUCUCACAAAGUUUAACUUCCAAUCAAUUUAAAUUGACAAAACAUAACACUUAAAAAAAUUUCUAAAUUAUUACAGUGUUUAUAAGACUUCUGAUAAAUCACUGAUGUUCUUCAGAUAUCUUAACAAUGCUCGCAGGAGAUUUUGGUUGGAUGUUAUUCCGAUACAACUAUAAUACUUCCAAGGUAGAACAGAACUGGAUUCGUUAUCUCAUAUUAUUUAAAUAUGUAUAAAGUGACCAACCGCAUUAAAAUCGGAGGAACGAGUUUAACGAAGCCUAAAAAAAAAGAAGUAUCAGCGCAAAAGACGUCAAAUCGUCCGCGGACAAGAACCCUGAGAACAUCCUUUCCUUCCACUUUGGAAGGCCUACGCGGAAUAUGCAUCUCAUUUCUUAAAGUGACCGCGUAGAAGACAUAAGUGCUGCCAACAUACAGCCGUCGUAUCUUUCGAUGAACCGAAAACAUCGUCCAGGGAAACGAGGUGCGGCCGACGAGUCCGAGAAUGAAGAAACUAAUAAUGAUUAUCAACAGCAACUCGUCGAACGCUAUCGACAAUUCCACCCUUUAUCCCUGCGAGAACUUCACCGAUUUCAUCGAUCAACGAUAUCUGCCGUCCAGGAACGUUACGUGUCUGCAACACGCGCCUAAACUGACCAAAGAAGUGUAUCUCAGAGUGAUCAUAUUGGCUGUCAUGUCAAUUCUAAGCUUGGUCUGCAACCUAGCGACGAUCUACUCGAUCAGGAAGAAUCGUCGAAAACAGCGGAGCUACUCAGCGAUCUACACGCUAAUCCUUCAUUUGUCCGUGGCUGACCUAUUGGUUACCAUUUUUUGCAUGGCAGGCGACGCAAUCUGGAGCUACAAUGUCGCAUGGUUGUGGGGCAAUGCUGCAUGCAAGAUUUUCAAGUUCCUACAGAUGUUCAGCCUAUACCUGAGCACCUUUGUACUUGUGCUAAUCGGUAUCGAUCGAUUUGUCGCGGUGCGAUAUCCUAUGAAAGGUUUCAACAUGUCGCAAAAAUUCUCGCGAUGCGUUCUUCUCGUUUGGAUGCUAUCCUUCGUACUCGCCACUCCACAGGUCGCAAUAUUUCAUGUUGCACAAGGACCGUUCAUUGAAGUAUUUACACAAUGUGUAACACACGGCUUUUACACUGAAGCCUGGCAGGAACAACUUUACGCUAGUUUUAGUCUAUUUUUUAUGUUCCUUUUGCCAUUAGCAAUUUUAAUUAUUACAUACGUAUCUACAGUGAUCACUAUCUCUCAAAGUCAGAGAAAGUUUAAAACGAAACCAGCGAGAAAUGUCACAUAUAUUAGAAAUAGUUAUAUAAAUAGGAAAAGAAUAAUGCACCGAGCAAAAACAAAGUCAUUACGUAUCAGUGUUGUCAUCGUAGCAGCGUUCCUGAUCUGGUGGACGCCGUAUUACACGAUGAUGAUAAUAUUUCUGUUUCUCAAUCCCGAUGAACACCUCAGCGACGAGUUACAGAGCGGAAUAUUUUUCUUCGGCAUGAGUAACAGCUUGGUAAAUCCCUUGAUAUAUGGUGCGUUUCAUCUUUGGCCGCAGAAGCAACGGCAAGGCUCUUAUCAAAGAUCUGACUUUGCAUUGCAACAGCGAAGUAGCAGUAUUAGAAGGAAGUCACACGAAACGCAAAUACCAUUCCUCUCUCAAGACAGUGGCUCAAAAAUUAUUCCACAACAACAACAAGAGGUGUAAUAUUUUAUCAGAUUUGAUUGUAUUUUAUAUAAAAACAAAAUGUAUCAAAUGUGUUGUGAAAAUAGCAUGGACUAUACGAAAUGACAGGUAUCUGUGUGCAUAUCUUGAUUUAGAUCUAAUAGCAUAAAUAUAUUGCGACAUUAAGCAAUGCAUAAAUUUCAAUAAAAAUUUUGCGAGUAUUAUUAACGAUAUUUUAUGUUUUAUAUAUAGAUGUAGCAUAUUAUCAUCAAACUAAUAUCAUAUCUAAUAUACUAUGUAAUAAAACUAUAUUUUUAUUAUAAUCCUUUUCAUUAAUUGUUUAUGUUAUUUUAAAAGCUCAC